AUGUCACAGGAGAAACCUCUUCCCUUCAUUUACCAGUUCGCUGCAGGUGCCAUUGCUGGCGUGUCGGAGAUUCUGGUAAUGUACCCAUUGGACGUCGUCAAGACUCGCGUUCAACUGCAAACGGGAAAGGGUACCGGUGCCGAGUCUUACAAUGGCAUGUUGGACUGCUUUCGCAAGAUCAUCAAGAAUGAAGGCUUCUCACGUCUCUAUCGAGGGAUCUCAGCUCCAAUUCUUAUGGAGGCUCCCAAGCGUGCCACAAAAUUCGCCGCCAACGAUGAAUGGGGCAAGGUGUACCGCAAGAUGUUCGGUAUGAGCCAGAUGAACCAGUCCCUCUCUGUUCUGACUGGUGCCACUGCUGGUGCUACCGAAUCAUUUGUCGUCGUCCCCUUCGAGCUUGUCAAGAUUCGUCUCCAAGACAAGGCCUCUGCUGGAAAGUACAGCGGCAUGGUUGACUGCGUUGUCAAGACUGUCAAAAACGAGGGUAUUUUGACCAUGUACCAAGGUCUUGAAAGUACCAUGUGGAGACAUAUUCUUUGGAAUGCUGGUUACUUUGGUUGCAUCUUCCAGGUCCGACAGAUGCUGCCCAAGGCAAGCACUAAACAGGGCCAGAUGACGAAUGACUUGAUCUCCGGUUCCAUUGGUGGAACUGUCGGCACGAUUCUGAACACGCCCAUGGAUGUCGUCAAGAGCCGAAUUCAGAACACCCCCAAGGUGCUUGGAAAAGUUCCCAAGUACAACUGGGCUUGGCCAUCCGUCGUUACUGUGUUCAGGGAAGAAGGUGCUGGUGCCUUGUACAAGGGUUUCCUGCCCAAGGUUCUUCGCCUCGGACCUGGGGGUGGUAUUCUCCUCGUGGUUUUCACCACCGUCAUGGAUACUUUCCGCAAGUGGCAGUCAUAA